AUGGUGCGGGGCGAAGCGGGGGCGGCUGCCGGCGGGGCUGGAGGGCGGCGGCACAGGCACCCGCGCGGGGCGCACGCUGAGCUGCGGGCACGGGCGAGCGCGGCUCAGCGCGUCAUGCCCGACGCUUGCGGCCCCGCGCCCGGCCCAAUGGCUGCGCACUCGCGUCCGCCGCGCUACGCGACCCCGCCGGAGACGCGGCGGGCGGGGAGGGGCAGCGCCGCCGCCAACGGGGCCACCCAGGCUCUGCGCAUCGUCCCACGGCCACCGCCGGCCUCUGCAUCCCCGAAGCCGGGAGCACCGCGGGCGCGCGGACAUGGCUGCUGCGGCUCCGGCGGCGGCCGCGGGCUGCGCCCGGGCCUGAGCGCCCAGCGCCCUCCCGCGGGGCCGCCCGCCGGUCCGCACCAUCCGGGGAGCACGGGCCGGGCGCCCCUCCGUUUCCGGACGCCCGGGCUGCCACCUCUCCAGCCUCCCGUGCCCAGAUCGCUGGGGAGCCCGGCGACAGGGGGCGCCCCGGAGCCAGGGGGAGACCGCGAGGCGCCGACUAGAGCCUGCAGGCGGUGCUGCCCCCGCCUCCCACCUCCCCGCGCCCCACCCCGAGGCUGGGGCUUCGGAGGAUGCAGCUGGCAAAAGGAAUCCUGCAGUUGGAGAUUUUCCCGGGGCCGCUGGCGCAGUGCGGACGCGGGAGGCGCGGCGGGGGCGCUGCAGUGGCCUCUGUCCCUGCGGCCGCCGGGCCAGCUGGCCGGGACCAAUUGCGACAGUGACCUCAGCCGGCCGGUGCUCUGUCGCCUUCUGCUGCUCCCGAGCCAGUGCUGGCUCUUCCCGUGCGGGGCUGGGUUUUGCUUGUUUUGUUUGCUCGCGUAG